GUUCAUGAACCACCCAGCUCCAGCAAACAGCCGCUACAAACCCACUUGCUAUGAACACGCUGCUAACUGUUACACACAUGCAUUCCUCAUUGUUCCUGCGAUUGUGGGUAGUGCCCUUCUCCACCGGCUUUCCGACGACCGAUGGGAAAAGAUAACAGCAUGGAUGUAUGGCAUGGGGCUCUGCGCGCUCUUCAUCGUCUCCACAGUAUUUCAUAUCGUUUCUUGGAAAAAGAGUCAUUUGAGGACAAUGGAGCAUUGCUUCCACAUGUGUGACAGAAUGAUGAUCUAUGUCUUCAUUGCGGCAUCAUAUGCCCCAUGGUUAAAUCUGCGUGAGCUUGGACCUCUAGCAUCUCAUAUGCGUUGGUUUAUCUGGCUGAUGGCUGCUGGAGGAACUAUUUACGUAUUUCUCUACCAUGAAAAGUAUAAGAUCGUUGAACUCUUUUUCUAUUUAGCAAUGGGAUUUUCUCCUGCUCUGGUGGUGACUUCCAUGAGCAACACCGAUGGACUUCAGGAGGUUGCCUGGGGAGGCUUGAUCUACUGUCUGGGCGUGGUGUUCUUCAAGAGCGAUGGAGUCAUUCCGUUUGCCCAUGCCAUCUGGCACAUGUUUGUGGCCACAGCAGCUGCUGUUCAUUACUAUGCCAUUUGGAAGUACCUUUACAGAAGUCCUGCAGACAUAAUUCGUCACUUGUGA